AUGACACAGCAGGACGUGGAUGCGUUGGUGCGAGCCGCUCAAGCCAUCCAGCACGAGCCCAUUCCGGGAACCGUGGGUCGCCAGGACGCGUUGUGCCGCGGCUGGUACCCGCACCCGUCACCCUUCAAAUGGCCCACCCCCCGAACCCGGGCGGAGUACAUACAACACCCCAAAAAGCCCUCCCAGUUUAGGAUCACGAGUACUGGACGACGGUUCACGCCGGACAGCAGGUUGCGUUGCGUUGGGGAGGACCUUCUUGCCGCCUGGCGAGCUGACGCUGAGGAGUGGCGCAGGCGGCUGGUGGUGGCGGACCCCGUCAUGCGAACUACUUUACCGCAGAAGCCCGCCAAGCCCGCGCAGACGGACCGCCUGGCGCCGUUGCUACAUGGUGAUCCCAUCAAGAAGGGGUUCAAGAUAUCGCACGCACCUCCCGCGCCCAUAAACUCCCAACUGGCGAUACCCUGGACCGACCCACAUGCGCCGCAAACUACCACAACGACGAACAACAACAACAGCAGCAGCAGCACCAGCAACACAGGCCGUGGUGGAGGGGGAGGCAGCGGAAGCGGAGGCAAGGUGGACAAGGCCAAGCUGGCGGCACUGGGCAACAAGGACUUCAGGAAUACCAACGCGAAGCCCAAGAUCGCACUCCACAAGUUGCCGUACAACCAGAGCUGGAAUGCCUCUGUGCACGACAAGUACUACGAGGGCAGUUGA